CACGUUGACACAUUUCGGCUCCACAGAUGCAGCCGACUUGCAAAGGAGUGCAUAGCUGCGCCGGCCGGCCGCAGAACAAAUCUCGGCCAAAGCUCGACACAGGCUGGCUGUUCAAAAACAGCAAAGAUCGAGCAAAAGCUCGACAGCUUAGUCGCUAUGCUGCAGUCUCGGGCUCUUUUAGCACUUGCCCAGAAGGAGAGCCUUUUUAUUUAUGGAUCUAUUACUGGCGGUGAAACCAACCAAAAGCUUACCACUAACAUGGAAGAUGCGCUCUCCUGCGCUCCAGCUACAAACAACCUAUUCUCAUCACCCACUUCUCUUCAUGCACCAACGAGAGAUCCAGAGUCUGUUUGCAUAUCACAAAAUGAGCGUGAUGCCACAAGCCUCUCGGAACAGGACGCCGAGGAUGCUCUCGACUUCUUCCGCAGCCGUAUCUUGCCAGCGUUUCCCUUCAUGCACAUUUCAGCCUCAUUAACCGCGCAGGCUGUCUGCAAGACAUACCCGAGCUUGUGGCUUUGCAUCAUUUCCAUCACUAGGAAGUCAUUGGCAAAAAAAAGGGUCCUGGGCGACAUGAUCAGGAAAAGUCUCGCUCAGGGAAUCCUGGUGGAUGAGAAAAGGAAUCUCGAUCUUCUGUUGGCAUGUAUUUCGUACAUGGGAUGGUCGGUUUCUCUGGUUCCACUCGAGCCUGUACACCAUCACAUGAAAGAGGAACCUCGUCUGACGACCUGGGUGCGACUCGCAACGACUAUUAUACUUGACUUGCAGCUGAAUCAGUCACCUCCUGCUGACGAAGCACGCGAAGCUCAGGCAAAUAGUAGCGCUGAAAAGCGGAGGGCUGUUUUGGGAAGAUACCUGAUUAGCUCAGUGUCCGUUGAUGUCUGCAACUUUCAGACUUCCAAGAUACUUUUUUCGUGGACACCAUACAUGGAAGACUGUCUGCAAGAUUUAGCGCAUGCUCCUCAAUGGAUCGGUGACAAGAUAUUGGUCUCGCAGAUAAAAUUUCUUUUCAUAGGGUCAUUGAUCAGAUACCAUGUUCUCUACGUAAGAAAUCGGAACCUGGGGUUGUUAUUCCGUUCGCAAUGGCGUUGUGUGGCCACCUGCAAGAAGUUCAUACAAAUUUGCCUCAGGAUCUCAAACAAAACAGUAUGUAGGAUGAACAAAAUGACCCUUCUUUUUUUGUUUUGUGCUACCUUUCGCUUACUCUUAACUCUAGAUAUACUUUUACUAUAUUUAUACAGUGUAAAGCUGUUGGUGGAUGAGAUAGAGUUCAACAGUUACGUGCCAGAUGCGGGCAACAUCAACAUCAAUGCAAGUGCUUCGCCAAGAACGCAAAUGCAACGGCUGCAGUGUCUUCAUAGAUGCCUCGGCUCAGUUUAUGCGUGGUGCAGUACAUUCUUUAGCAUGCCCAGCGACAGCUACUUCGAGUUGCCUUUCGCUGUAGUCUUUUAUCAACUAAGUCGGAUUCUAAAGAUGCUUCUCAACCUGACGUUCUUAUGUGAACCCGGCCGGGAUUGCAACGAAGUGCGCGCAAAGGUCGAUCUUUUUGAUGCGAUUGAUAAAUGUCGGUCUGGCCUUGAUAGGGUUCAAAAUUUGCUGGAUGGUGACGAUGGGGUCGAGGGACUAUCGGUCAAGAAGGUACAUGUAUCCAGGGCACUACGACUCAACAAAUCGACCGUUCAGGCGGAGUUUCUUUCCCGACAACGAAGAGCUUCAGGAUGUGCGGGAGCUGAUGAAGGGCAGUACAGUCUGCCAGAAAUCUUUUAUGGCAAUGUAGGGAACCCUCUAAAUAUCUUUCUUGACGACCAGUGGACAUCAGAAGCUUGGGAAAAUAUUGAAGUGGGAGAAGGAUGGGUAAUAGCGAGCGGAUGA